AUGGAGACGACCGCAUUUGACCAUGCACCAGCGGGCGCUGUCGAGAAUGAAGCCACAAUCGGCGGCAUACUUCAACAGCUGGGACAAGACCACAUGCUUCCAGUCGUUGGCGCGCUCCUCGCUGUAGCGCUCCUGAUCAGACUCGCCGUUGUCAUCAUCACUCUCUUUGUGAUCAUCGCUCUCUGGUGCUUCGCCGUGGCGUGGAUCGCACUAUUUUGGGCACAAACGGUGCUGUUCGAGUGGACGGCGCGGUUCCUCAGGGCGUGUAUGAGGGAUCAGCUCCUGGCUCGCCCGGAGGCUGCAGAGCACGUUGAGAUCACUCACCAUGCUAAUACCGAUGAGCACACUUAUGCCACCAAGCAUGAUACGCAGGCAGAAGCAAACGCCACAGGAACCGAUCAUCUGGCUACCGAGCUCGCUACCGUCCACGACAAAGCCGCCCUGGCACCCGACGCCGACACGCACGCAGAAACAUGUGCCCACGACACAUCGGCGGAAGUCACUUCUAUGGCAGCUGAAACCACGACGACCGAGAAGGCCACCACGCAUACGGAACGGUCUCCAGAAGCUCAGGAGCAGCAUCAAAUCAUCGAGUCACUAGAGGACGCCGAGGCUUACGUCCGUAAGAUUGCCGAACAGCGUGCACUGGCAGACGCUCAGGGAAAGGGAAAAGAAAAUGUUGGCGAAGCCGAAACCAAUGCGGCACACGGAGUCGAGGGAAGCAGCACGAUCUGGCAGAAGCCACUCGACGCGGGCGACGAAAUUGGCAAGACUGAGACUGAAAACAUGGAUCCCGGAGGUCAGCCUCAGAAGAAUCAACAGGGGUCAAUCAGCAAUUCGAAGUCAAGAGUGUUUGCCGAAGUCAACGGCAAUACGAAGCAAAGCCCCAACGCGCGGGCACCGCACCUGAGAAUGAGGGCUGCAGCUGCUCCAGACAAUGUCAGUCGGAAGAGUCCAAUGUCUGCAGACAAGGCGCCAACAAGCGAGGCUGUGCCAACACAAUUUCGAAAGCCGGUCAAUCCCUUUGCUGGACCAGGCGCCUUGGAACGGGCAAAGCUAUUCAUGGCUGAAGUGAAGAAGAACGGGACUUUCAAGUUGCCUGCGCAGCGUUCGAAGCAGCAUCAGGGCCCAUCUCAAUACACAACAAAGCCGACGACGCAAGUCGUGCCUCAGAAUAAGCUGGACCAGAUCCUCCGCUCGCCAGCUUCGAAGGAGGUUCUACCGGUAACACCAGCCGAGACAGGUAUCAUCCCUCCGCACUUGAGGAGGUCGAUGGAAGCCACACAGCGGCGUACGACCGACCGAAGCACUGCACCGAUGCGACAGAGCUCGCUUGUCUCUAGCCAGUCGUCAAGCUAUCAGCAUGAGCCAUCGAACCUCAUCGUUGGACAGAAAGACGGUCCGCCAGCGGCCGUGGAAGAUCACAAGGUCUCAAAGGGAUCAGCCGAACAGAACUCGCGUCUGGACGUUCACAAGGAGCCACAAAAAGUCAUGGCGCCCCCCAUCAUAUGGUCUCUGUAUGAGCUGGAAGGUCUACAGAAGACUUGUGGAUUGAUCCCGCUGUCAUUCACCGAUCAAACGAAGUCGAAUGAUAGAGCAAAGCCAAUCAAAUGCUUGAAGUAUGAUGGAUGGGCGCAUGAGUCUACCGAAGUGCCUGAGAAUCACGAAAGCUGUGUGCCGACUUCUAAGGCCAAGGCCAGCGUCAUUACAUACUCGAAGGAUGUAUUGAAAGCCUUGAGAGUCGCUGGAAAGUCUUCAGAGCAGUUGGAUCUGCUGCCGAAACACGCCAGAUCGACGAGUGGUCUGAAGAUGUUUCAAUGCUUGAAGUGUUGGAAAUGGGCGCAUGAGUCUGCUGAAGCCUCUUUUGACCACAAGCGUUGCUUGAGGUGUGCUGUGCUGGAAGAAUUGAGCAGCCACGAUCCUGAAACAGAGCCAUCAGAUGCCGAUGCUGCCGAUGCCGCGAAGGAGGACAACGUCCUUGGAGGUCAGGUCCAGGCGCAGCAGAUCGGAGGCCCAAUCAGCCGGGACGACUGCAUUCGUGCUUCCAGCGUCGACAAGGGAGUCCGCACUGAAUUUGCUACUCAACAACCACCGCCGAACCCCAUUGACAUAAGCGACGACACACCACUUACCCCACGACAACAUCCAACUUCUGGCCUAGCUCCGACUGCUCCUGCGUUCUUCGUGCCUUCCAAGCCUUCCAGCCAGGAGCCCUCCUCAGAGGGGGCAGUGGAGUUUGUGAAUCGACCUGCGUUCCAAACCCAGUUGCUCCAGCAGAAGCCCACCCCACUACCAUUGACAUCGUCCUUCCACGUCCCGGCACUCCCUGGACUUGGCAUGGCGCCUACCGGCAGACUUCCAGCGAGACCUUCUGUGCAAGGAUUGUUCGACGCCCAACCGUACGGUCCACCACGAUUCGUACCAGCUUCUGAGCUGGCGUCGUUGACUGUACACAGUCCGCCACGACCUGCACUCAAUGGCUUUCUCCCAGAGUGGUUCAUGCAAGAGGCAUCCACGUUAGGGCCAUUGAACUCUGUGCACUAUGCAUCAGAAUCCUUCGGAAUAGCACCCGCUCAAGCAGCUUCACUUGCGGCAGCCUCGUACCACGCAGGUUUGCUCGCAGCAAGCACAACUGCGACGCAAUCGUUCUCAGCAGCGCCAGCGGCACUCAUGAACACUUUCCACACCACCUCUACGCCGAACCUUUCGCAAAUGUCAUCUAAUCCCUAUCAGAGCAGUGGAUGGGAAGCUCCCGUUGCGCAGACUCCAUUUCUCAGUUCUCAAGACAAGCCCCAAGCACCGCACAGCUUGAAGCUCUUCCGACCUCCUCAGGAGGCUCUCCCAGGCGUUCACCCGGCGCUCACUCGCCGGCGCACCUCCCUUGCUGUGCCAAUCAAGACGCCUGCGGGCACAGAAAUCGAUGCGAAGGCUCGAGACCUCUUCACAAACCCGCCCACGAUCGAGAACAAAGCUACUCCACCACGACCACCAGGUCUUGGAUUACCGAAGAAGAAUGCUCAAGCCGCCUUCGAUGCGCUGAUCUCCAGUGGAAGUGCGUCCUCGGCUGGAGCACAGCCUGCAAAGCUCAUCGACAUUCUUGAGUCGCCGAAUGAACGUCAGCACCAGGAGGUCGCUAAGGUGAAGGGGUCCAAUCUGGAGCAGCCCGUCAAUGAUCAGUGGCGCCAAGAUGAGUUCCCGACUCCCGCAGAGGCGAGUAUGAGUUCCAUCAGCAAAGUCGAGGCAACGCCAGUCAAGAGCAAAGAGCGCUCCGAACUCAAAGAGAAGAAGAAGGAGGCCAGAGCAGCAUUGACGGAUGCUUGGUUUGAGCGUGAGGAGAUUCGCAAGAAGCUCGCACAGACGUUCGAUUUGAAGCUGGCGGUGAAGCUGCAGGAUCUCACACGUGAGUACCACGAGAAGCGGAAUGCGCUCCAAGGGCUGAUGGGCACCGGUGCUCUGAAUGAUGAUGAUGCGAAGGCUUUCCCGGUCCUCGGUCUGAGCAACCUCACGGUACCGAAAUUUCGACCACAGGGCCACUCGGAGUGGCAAGCCAGACGUGCGGCCAAGAAAAACUGUCCCCGGACCAUCGAAAAAGACCAUGCCACUAAGCAGUCUCCUGUCAAGACAACUGUCACCGAGGAAGGAGAGCCAGAGGGAGAGGGAGAGGCAGCGCCAGAGGAAGCGCCAGAGAAGGUGACAGAGGAAGAGCCAGAGGAUCCAGAUGAGCUGAAGGACCUCAUCGAGAAGAUGGAGCAAGCCAAGGUCCUGCGUCGCGACUCGCUGGACUACUUCAACCAGCCUCGCCCGAACACCAACGUCAGCUACGCCACGUGGAAGGCCAGGGGCGAAAGCAAGCGGGUGAGGGCGGACAAGUUCUACCGCUUGAAACUGCAGGCGUUGGGGGACUACUAUCCAAAUGGGAUGCCAGAGGACUUGCGCAAGGAGUACCCCUACAUCCUAUGAGGUAGCGUACACCAGGAUCAAUGAGCGCAGGACGAGGUGGAUUGUUAAAGAGGGCGCAGUUCUGAAGUGUCGAGGACUUGGUAGAGCUCCUCGGAGCAGACAUAUUCCAUCCGCGAAUGCAUCGUGCUAGGUACCUGCCGUCCGUGCUCCCGCCCAAAGAGCACACUCCCAGCCCACCGCGCGGA